AAUGAAGAUAAUUGGACAUAUAAUAAACAAAAAGAACAUAAUACAUAUUUGAGAACUCUGGGUAUAAUAGUAGCAACCAGCUCGAACGAACAACGAUCUGUGGGAACUUCGGCUUUGAAUAACUUUACAAAAGAGAUAAAUACUGUUGAGGUAAUGAACUUCUGGAAAGAUGUUGAAAAGGAUAGAAAUGCUAAGGAAUACGAAGCUACUCUCGAAAAUAUGGAUAUGGAAUUUACCAUUGAGCGUACAUUAGAACACAAUGAUUAUAUUAGAGAAGUGGGACAUCGACGCAGGCAGGUCAUGGCUACUUCCGUAAAUUGUGAAGGUAUGAAUAAUUUGGAACAAGUCAAGCGAAUAUCAAAGAAAAAG